AGCCCAACUUAUAGAGCCGGUAAUCCAAUGUCCAGCUUCAAAUCCGACACAUCCAAGCUCCAGGCACAGUCUACUGUGAACAAACUCCUAUCCACAUUUGUCCCAGGGGCGGAGCGUAUCAGCACUGAUCAGUCGCAGCUCUCGCUAGCCAAAAAGAGGUUAUCGUCCGCUCAGCUCGUGCACAACAAUGCCACCCACAAAAGAAUGACCGAGGAAGAGUUCCGCAAGCAGCUGAAAAAGCAGAAGGUGAUGAAGCGCAAGCAGUUAAAGGUGUCUAAGGAAACAUCCGCCAAGGUCAACAAGAUGGCGCGCUACCAGAUCAUUAAGAAGCACUACGACGACAACGUGACCGACGAGGCGGAAACAAAGUACAUGGAAAAGUUGAUCAGAAGAAACGUCAACUCCGUCAAGAGCUGGGAUAACGAGCGAGACUCUGAGAUCAUGGACUUGCAAAACGACUUGUUGAAGGACAAGUUCGUGGCCAAGGCUGGUAAGAAGAAGAGAACCAAGGCCUCUAAGAAGAAUGACUUUACCACAAAGGUCAAGAAGGGUGUUUUGGCCUAUCCGGGCUUGACCCCAGGUUUAGCCCCUGUUGGCUUGUCCGAUGACGAGGACUCCGACGAUGAGUAGAUCGGAAGCUCGACUGUAUCAUAGUAUAAUCACGAAGACUGUUUUAGGGUGA